AUGGCCUCAGGGGGCCGCAUGCAGCCUGCGGGCCGUAGUUUGGGGACGCCUGCUCUAGGGCUUCUGUUGAGGCCAAGGAUGCCCAAAUUUCUGGGUGGAUCUGCUGGGACUCAGGGAAGGAAGUCUGCAGCCUGUAGGCAGCCCCGCGUGUCCAGUCGGAUCAUGGGGGGCUGGGAUGCCCAGGAUGGAGAGUGGCCGUGGCAGGCGAGCAUCCAGCAUCGUGGGACACACGUGUGUGUGGGGUCGCUCAUUGCCCCCCAGUGGGUGCCGACAGCGGCGCACUGCUUCCUCAGGAGGGCACUGCCAGCUGAGUACCGUGUGCGCCUAGGGGCGUUGCAUCUGGGCCCCACCUCGCCCCGCACGCUCUCAGUGCCAGUUUGACGGGUGCUGCUACCCCCAGAACUCUCCGAGGAUGGGGCCCGCGGCGACCUGGCACUGCUGCAACUGUUUCACCCAGUAUCCCUGAGUGCCCGCGUCCAGCCCGUCUGCCUGCCCAUGCCCAGCACCUGCCUGCCACUUGGCACAAUGUGCUGGGUCACUGGCUGGGGCAGCCUCCACCCAGGAGUGCCCCUCCCAGAGUGGCGACCGCUGCAGACAGUAAGGGUGCCGCUGCUGGACUCUCACACCUGCGACCGCCUCUACCGCAUGGGUGCCGACAUGUCUCGGGCGGAACGCAUUGUACUGCCCGGGAGCCUGUGUGCCGGCUACCCCCAGGGCCACAAGGACGCCUGCCAGGGUGAUUCUGGAGGACCCCUGACCUGCCUGCAGUCUGGGAGCUGGGUCCUGGUAGGCGUGGUGACCUGGGGCAAGGGUUGUGCCCUGCCCAACCGUCCAAGUGUCUACACCAACAUGGCCACAUAUAGCCCCUGGAUUCAGGCUCACCCCAAGGAGUUCGCCCCUAAGCCCAACAGCAACCCCAAGGGCUCCUCACAGGUCAUAAGCCUCUCUGAGCCGCGACCUCCCCUAGCAUCCAGCCCGAUGCAGGCAACGGGGCGACUGAACCCACAGCACAGCGGCCAGAAAGGGCCCAAAAUGGAGAGCCUGUCCAAGAUGGGUCCCACGAAUGCCCCGUGA